CUCUGUAUCCUUCUCCCACCAAGACAAAGCCUUGAGCACUUAGCCCAUCACUCCUCUCAAUGGCUACUGCAGCAUUUUCUUCUAUCUCUCUUGCCCUCUUUCUCUUCUGUCUAUGCCUCCAAGGCACAAAUGGUGACUAUGGUGGGUGGGAAGGCGGGCAUGCCACAUUCUAUGGCGGUGGUGACGCCUCAGGCACAAUGGGUGGGGCUUGUGGGUAUGGCAACUUGUACAGCCAAGGGUAUGGGACCAACACUGCAGCUCUCAGCACCGCUCUCUUCAACAGUGGGCUGAGCUGUGGGGCAUGUUACGAGAUGAAAUGCAACGAUGACCCCAAAUGGUGCCUCCCAGGGACCCUAACCGUGACUGCCACAAACUUCUGCCCUCCUAACUUGGCCUUGUCCAACACCAACGGCGGAUGGUGCAAUCCCCCCCUUCAGCACUUUGAUCUAGCUGAGCCUGCCUUCCUUCAGAUUGCCCAGUACCGAGCUGGAAUCGUACCUGUGUCUUUCAGAAGAGUCCCCUGUGUGAAGAAAGGAGGGAUCCGCUUUACCAUCAACGGCCACUCCUACUUCAACUUGGUGCUCAUCACAAACGUGGCCGGAGCAGGAGACGUCCGAGCAGUAUCAAUAAAGGGGUCUAAGACCGGGUGGCAGCCCAUGUCAAGGAACUGGGGCCAGAACUGGCAGAGCAACUCAUACCUCAACGGCCAGACCCUCUCAUUCCAAGUCACAGCAAGCGAUGGCCGGACCAUGACAAGCCUCAAUGUGGCGCCUGCUGGCUGGCAGUUUGGGCAAACAUAUGAGGGGGCUCAGUUCUAAAUUCUCACUAGUGUGUGGCUAUGACUAUGAGUGUAUAUGGUAAUGUAUCCAUUGUUUGGGAGAAGGGAAAAUGGAAAGGAAAGAGUAGGAAGUAUAGGGAGAUCUAUUGCUGUGGUGGCUAAUUGGCACCCGCAUGGGCUAGUAUAUUAUAUAUAGAGAGAUUGAUUGUGAGUAAUGGUUUGAUUUGAGAGGGAUGUUCUGUUGGUCGCCUUUUGUUGAUGGCAAGGCCAUGGAUGAUGCCCUCCAAGCUUUUUAGAUUUGGUCUCCAAUUUGGGUUCAGACCCAAUUGGAGCAACCUUGUAUCAGUUCUUAAUGAUUGAUGAUCAAAGUAAUUAAACUGCUUUCUUUUCUACUUUUUCUAA